AUGAAACCAAGAGGCCAUUCCGAUGCGCCGCCGCCAGGUGGUGAGGAUAUUCGGAGUCAGCUCUCGGAUAUCCAAAGAAGACUUUUUAGUACACGUAAGGACAAGGAUAAGUCCACACCCUUACGUCCCAACAGAAAUGCAGAGAACUUGAGUAGUGGGGCUCCUGGAGCCGGAUCGGCGUCUUCCGCGGGCACCGGUGGUCUUUUACCACCUAAAAGACCGUUCAAGUCUACCAAUUCGAGCUCGGGGAACUCGCCAAGUAGAUCUGUAGUUCCACAGAUCCCUCAAGCUUCUCCAACUUUAGGACCUGAAAGAAAGGGUAAUGAUAUGAAUUUUGUGGUUGGAUUAAGUGAAAACCUUUUAACCGAAUGUCGUCGACUUACCGCUGAAACUGCGCGUUAUAAAUCAAAACUCCAAGCCGUGACAGCUGAGUUAACACAAUAUAAAGAUGAGGUAGCAAUUUUGAAUAAUACUAGAAAUGCUCAACGUGAUAAUGAAGAUGAAUUAAAAAAUAAAAAUUGGGAAUUAGAAGCUGCAGUUGAAAGUUUAAACGACCAAUUGGAAGUGGCAAGUCGUGAUAAGAUAAAAUUGGAACGAGCACAUCAAGAACAAACAACGAGGUUGACCAAUAUACAGAAGGAAAACGAUGAUCUACAAUUGAAAAACACCUCAUUAGAGUCAUCGUUGACCAAGCUUCAGAACUCAUACAACAAAGAAGUAUCUCAAUUAACAACCACUGUCGAGGAACUUAAUGAUGAGAAUGACCAAUUACAAUCGAAGCUUGAAGCGUCAAAUGCCGCCACCGUGGCCGCUGUGGAAGCUGCUGCUAUUGCUGAAGAGCGUGCUUCUAAAUCCUCAAGUGUUGAAUCCAAUUCUACCAUUUCUAAAAAGGCUGAAGUUUCGGAAACUUCAAUUGAUACCCAUGGAACCUUUGAUAAUGUUGAUACAGAAUCCAUUGACAUAGAUGCAUUACUUAAGGAAACUCCAGCAACAGACCAGGUUCUUGAAUCAGAAUCUCUUAGAGCUUCUCUUAACCAUGCUCACAAGACAAACUCCAAGUUGAGAUCUGCUAUCUUGAAACUUAGAAUGGAAAAGGAAGAUGCAGAGAAGAGGGCUUCUUUAUCAUCGGUUAAUACUUCCACUACCCCAGGAAAGAGAAAGACUAAUAAGAAACUUGAUCUCAAUCAUAAUACUUCGAUGACCACUAAUGUAAGUGGAUCUAACCGUAAUUCUGCCAUUUUAUCACCUUCCAAGAGAAACUCAAAAUUCUUUGUUUUGGAAGAUGAAGAUGAAGGUAAAUGGGAAGACUUCAUUGGGGACAAUAUUGAGAGCCCAAGUAGACGUACUCAAAAUAGAAAACAAACUGAUAUGCCCUCAUUGGUUCGUUCAGACUCUGAGGAUUCUGACGAUUCUGAAAACCACCAUACCGAAGUGUUGGCUGGACAAUUAGAAGGUAAGUAUGGUGAACUUUCCCUUGAAACCCUUGAAGAAUAUGCUCGUGAUAAUAACUUAGUUCUACUUUCAUCUGAAAAAUUCAAUGAAUUAUCAAAAGAAACAGAAAUUUCUAAUGAUAAAUUGAAGGAACAUGCUCAGCAGAAUAAUUAUGUCUUGCUUACAAAACAAGAAAAUGAAGAUUUGUUGGCAGAAGAGAGUAUGAAACGAAAACUUGAGUCCAAGGGUUUGGUCACCCUAACUCAAGCAGAGCACUUAAACCUCCUUGAUACAAGUGCUUCUCAUCGUCAACCUUCAAAGGAAUAUCUAGUUGAAAGCGCCAGGGCGGUUGGAUAUGAUUUGAUUGAACAUGAAGAUUUGAAAAAGAUGGAGCUUGCUCAACAAUCAUACAAGGCACCAACUCAAUCUUAUUUAGUUUCGAGGUGCAAGACUGAUUUCCAAAUGGAAUGUAUUCCAGAAAACAAACUUGCUGAGUACAAACGAAUUGAGGUUGAAUUUGAGAAACCCACUAAGUCAUACUUAACUCUGAAGGCCAAUGAAUUGGGCUUGAUAGUUUCACCAAGUAAAUUUUAUGAUGAGUUGAAGAAGUGUGCGCAUAAUCCUGAUAUUGAUCAUGUGAGGGAAAAGGCCAAAUUAUUGGAUAUGUUGGUUAUUUCUCCAGGUGAAUUGCUGACCUUAAAGGAGAAGGCUAAUUAUGUUCCAAGUAUAGAUGAGCUUGUAAAACAAGUUGAAAAAUCAGGUAAAGUGACUUUGGAUACUAAUGAAUACAAAAGCUUGAAGGAGCCUACUAUUGAUGAUAUUGUCAAGCAUGCCUCAAAGAAAGACCAUACCAUAUUAUCUCAUGAUGAACAUAUUCAAUUAAAACAAUUGGCACAUAAUCCUUCCUUGAGCCAUGUUAAGGAAAAGGCUGAAACAUUUGACUUGGUGACGCUUUCUAAGAGCGAAUACACUAGUUUGUAUAAACUGGCCAAUGACCCAGCAAUUGAUGAAAUAAAAUCUAUUUGUUCUAAGUUGCAACUUAUUCCAUUGCCACAAAAGGAAUACGACUCAUUGUUGAAACCAACUAAAGCUAAAUUAGUCACUUUAGCAAGUGAGCUCAAUUGUAAGUUAGUUGAUGAAAAGGAAUUCACAUCUCUCUCUCAGUUGGCUAAUUCCCCAUCCAAGGAACACAUUAAGAAGUGUGGUGCUAAUCUUGGUCUUGUUGUCAUUGAAGAGGCUGAAUACAAGGAACUUAUUUCACCUUCUUUCGAUUCACUUCAUGAUAAGGCAGCGGCAAUUGGAUUUGUAUUGUUGUCGGAGGAGGAAAAGAAGUCCUUGGACUCUAAAUUGAAUACCCCAUCGAUUGAAUACCUUGCGGAGAAGGCUGCAUUGACAGGUUCGACGUUAAUCAAAGAAGAUUAUUUGGAUAAAUUGAAGCGACCAUCACUUCCUGAGCUUCAAAAUCAAAUCAAACAAUUCGACCACAUUGCAAUUCCUACUGCUGACUAUGGUAAUUUAACCCAAUUAUCCACGAAUCCGCCACAUGACCACUUAGUGAAGCAUGCGACAAAAACUGGGCAUUCAAUUAUUCCAACUUCAGAAUAUAACAAGGUAGUUAAAGAUGCUAAUGAACCUUCUGUGGAUCAUAUUCAAGACAAGGCCAAAUCCAGGGGCCAUGUUGUGUUGCCUAAAUCUGAACAUGAAGAAAUAAUACGAAAGGUGAGUGACCCGACAAAGAGUGAAGUUGAAACCCUCUCAAGUAAGUUAGGGUUGGUGGUGGUUCCUGAAAAUGAACAUAUUAAGUUAUUGUCAACCAUUCAAAAGCCUUCAAGAGACUACCUUGAGCAAAAAUUGAGUUCUUUAGGCUUGCUUACAAUUGAAUCUACGGAACAUUCUAAGUUGACGGAUUUGGUUAAGAAUCCUGAUAAGGAAUAUCUCAACCAAAAAUUGAAUGAAAUUGGCAUGAUUGGUCUCCAGAAGGCUGAGCAUGCUAAAUUACAUUCAUUGGCUCAUACACCAUCAGUAGAUCACAUUUUGGCAAAGUCAAAGGAUAUCGAGGGCAUAGUUGCUUUAAAGAAGGAAGAACAUGAACAAUUGAUUAGUCUUGCACAUGCUCCGUCGAUUGACCAUCUUCAAUCUAAGCUUAAGGAUGCUGGCCAUGUUGGUAUUUCAGUUGACGAACAUUCUGAGUUAGUUAAAAAGGCAGACACUCCUUCACUUGAUCAUCUUCAAUCCAAACUUAAAGAUGUGGGUCAUGUUGGAUUACCUGUGGAUGAACAUUCCAAGUUAAUUGAAAUGGCUCACACUCCGUCGAUCGACCAUCUUCAAUCUAAGCUUAAGGAUGCUGGCCAUGUUGGUAUUCCACUUGACGAACAUUCUGAGUUAGUCAAAAAGGCAAACUCACCUCCACUUGACCACCUUGAAACUAAACUUAAAGAUAUUGGUUAUGUUGGAUUAUCUGCUGAUGAACAUUCUAACUUACUUCAAAUGGCAAACAAACCUUCACUUGAUCAUCUCCAAUCCAAAUUAAAGGAAGUUGGCCAUGUUAGUUUACCUGUUGAAGAACAUUCUGAGUUAGUUAAAAAGGCAGACACUCCAUCUCUUGAACAUCUUGAAACUAAGCUUAAGGAUAUUGGUUACGUUGGGUUACCUACUGAUGAACACUCUAAGUUGAUUGAAAUGGCUCACACUCCAUCAGUAGACCAUCUUCAAUCUAAGCUCAAGGAUGUUGGCCAUGUUGGUUUACCUGUUGAUGAACAUUCUGAGUUAGUCAAAAAUGCAAACUCACCUCCACUUGCUCAUCUUGAAACUAAACUUAAAGAUAUUGGUUAUGUUGGUUUGCCUGUCGAUGACCACUCUGAGUUGAUUGAAAAGGCAAAUUCACCUUCACUUGAGCAUCUUGAAACUAAGCUUAAGGAUUUAGGUUAUGUCGGUUUGCCAAUUACUGAACAUUCUGACUUAAUUAAAAAGGUAGACACUCCUUCACUUGAGCAUCUUGAAACUAAACUUAAGGAUAUUGGUUAUGUUAGUUUGCCUGUUGAAGAACACUCUACGUUGAUUGGAAUGGCUCACACUCCAUCAGUUGACCAUCUUCAAUCUAAGCUCAAGGAUGUUGGCCAUGUUGGUUUACCUAUUGAUGAACAUUCUGAGUUGGUCAAAAAUGCAAACUCACCUCCACUUGCUCAUCUUGAAACUAAACUUAAAGAUAUUGGUUAUGUUGGUUUGCCUGUCGAUGAACAUUCCAAGCUAAUUGGAAUGGCUCAUACUCCAUCGCUAGACCAUCUUCAAUCUAAACUUAAGGAUGUUGGUCAUGUUGGUAUCCCUAUUGACGAACACUCAUCGUUGGUUAAAACUUCUGAUGACCCUAGUAUUGAACAUCUUCAAGAAAAGCUCCGUGGCCAUGAAUAUGUUGGAAUCCCAUCUGGAGAACAUAAGACUUUAAAAGAAUUAGCUCAUGAUCCCCCUGUUGAAUAUGUUGUUAAAAAGGCUUCAGCUCUUGGCCUUGUUCCAUUGAGCGAGGCUGAUCAUAAGAUACUAUAUGAUUUGGCGCACAAUCCUUCCGAGAAACACUUGACUGCUAAAAGUGCUUCUCUAGGAUUGGUGGCGAUCAAGGCCGCCGACCAUGAUGAAUUGAAAUCUUCCAUUUCAAACCCAAGUGCUGAGUACAUUAUGAAAAAGGCCCCUGAAGUAGGAUUAGUUGCAAUUGGUGCUGAUGAACACAAAAAGAUGGCCAGUAUCAUUUCAAUGCCAUCAUCUGAUUUCUUACAUGAGAAGGCCAAAAUUCAAGGAUUGGUUGUCUCUACAGAAGAGGAAGUUAAGAAAUUGACUACAUUGGUUGAUGACCCACCAUUGGAUCAUAUUAAAUUAAAGGCUGCGGAUAGUGGACAUGUAGUAGUUGAGAAGCUCAAGUUCGAUAGUCUCAAUCAAUUGGCGCAUAAUCCAAGCACUGACUACAUUCGUGAAAAGGCUAAAUCUGUGGGGUUGGUUCCACUUUCGCGUGAACAGCAUACCACAUUAACCAAUCCAAGUAAGGAUAGUAUUGCAGAAUAUGCUCAAUCAGUGAAUUGUUUGUUGAUUGAUCGUUCAGAUUAUGCUAAAUUACAGAAUCUGAUUGAUUCUCCUACACCUAGUUAUAUCACAGAGAAAGCAAAUGAUCUUGGUUUAAGUGUUAUUGGAACUGGUGACCUCAACAAGUUGAGACUUGAUGCUACUGAACCAAGUGUAGAACAUAUAAUAGAAAAGUCCAAGCUAGUGGGAUUGGUUCCUGUGCCAGAGCAUAAGCAUUCUAAAUUGUUGUCUAAGAUCAACACUCCAUCUAAAGAUUACUUGGUUGAAAAGGCAGCAGAAUUAGACCACAAGUUAUUGAAAAACUCAGAAUAUACUUCACUUGUAUCGCCUUCGUUAGAUGCUUUGUCGGAUUCUGCAAAGCGCUAUGAAAGUAUAAUUGUUAAGGAAUCGGAAUUCAGGGCACUUGAAUCCCUGCAAACUUUGCUACAAACUCAAGUUAGAACACCAUCUUUGGACUAUGUUGUCGAGAAGGCGGAAAGCAUGGGUAUUAAGGCUAUUCCAGUUGCUGAAUAUUCGGCACUUGUAACUUCUGCAAACGAACCAACUUUAGAACAACUUCGAGAAAAGGCGAAAGAUAGAGGAGCAAUAUUAGUUCCUGAAUCAGAAAUGGAAGAAUUUUUAAAUCCUUCCAUUGAAAAGUUAAAGGAUCAUGCUUCUAAUGUUGGACAUACACUUACGUCGACUUCUGAUUAUACUAAACUCACUGAGUUGGCGUCUUCCCCUUCUAGAGAACAUAUUGAAGCUAAGGCUGAAUCAGCAGGGUUGAUAGUUAUUCCAAAACAAGAGCAUGAGGAGUUGGUUAAGAAGUCAACUAAUCCAACCUCUUCUCAAGUCACAGCUUUCGCUGGAACCUUGGGCUUACUGGUAGUUGCAAAGGACGUAAUCAAUAAGUUGAAAAAUCCAAACCUUUCUGACCUCUCCGAGCAUGCGAAUAAGACUGGAAUGAUUCUUGUGAAGAAGGAUGAAUAUGAAGCUUUGAAUUCCCAAAUCCACAACCCUAAAUUACAAUACUUAGAACACAUGGCGCAAAAGCAAGAUUGUAUUCUUGUUAAGUCUAAGGAUUACGAUAGUAUUAAAAACGAUCUUGCCAACCCUUCGACUGAGUAUCUCAAAGAAAAUGCUUCGAAAUUAGGAGAGAUUCUUGUGGCUGAGAAGGAAUAUAAAUCUCUCUUGGAGAAUAUUGAGUCUCCAGGAAUUGACUACCUUCGCGAAAAGGCCGCUAAGGUUAAAUUUGUGAUGGUGGAAGAGUCGGAAUACGAUAGUUUAAUAGACCCAUCUCGUGAGCAAAUUUCAAAACAAGCUUCGAAACAUGGACAUGUUAUGGUUGAUAGAUGCGAAUGGGAACUUCUUCAAAAACAAUAUGAAACACCAUCAAUGGAUUACUUGAAAGAAAAAAUUGAUGGUAGUGGGUAUGAGAUUGUACCUCAUACUCCUUCUUUAGAUUAUCUUGAAUCUAAGGCUGGUAAAAUUGGAAAGGUUGUUGUGGGUGAAAAAGCAUAUUCAUCGGUGUUGAAAUCUUCUGAGAGUCCAGACAAAGAACAUUUACAAUCUAAAGCGGCAGCCUUGGGAUUGAUGGUCAUUAAAUCCGAUGUUCACGAUGACUUGGCCUCUAGAGCAAAUUUCCCAAGUAUUGCUCAACUUAAGGAGAAGGCGGAAUCUCUCCAUGAUCACGUACUUGUUCCAACAUCUGAAUUUAAAUCCUUGGAGUUGGAAGCUUCGAAAUCGCUCUUAGAAAAGGUAAAGGAAUCUGACAUGACUCUAAUCAACCCAAUUGAUCUUCAGGAUCUCAAGAAGAGGGCUACAAAUCCUGAUUUAGAGCAUAUAAGUGAAAAGGCUAGGGAAUUGCAUAUGCACUCUGUCAUUCCAACAUCGGAGUACGAUGAAUUAAAGGCGACUGCAUCGCAGCCUAUUGAAGAACGUGCAAGAAACUCGGGAAUGGCUGUCAUUGAUGUCAAUGAAUUAGAUGCAUUGAAAUCACAAGUUGAAGACCCUAAUGAAGAAUUUUUAGUCUCACGUGCUAAUAAGAAGGGUUUGUCUGUCGUUCCGGCUGAAAGUUUGUUAAAGCUCAAAGAUACUGCUCUGAAAUCUCUUGAAGAUCAUGCGCGUGAUGCUCACAUGACUGUUGUCCUGAAUCAAAAAUAUGAACAAUUAAUGAAGCCAACUGUGGACAUUCUUAAACAAAAUGCUCUUGUACAUGAGCAUGAUGUUGUAUCUGCGAAGGAAUUAGAUGAACUUCGUAAACCUAAGUUAGAUGUUUUGUCUACUCACCUCAAGGAUCACGACCAUGUUGCAGUUCCUGUCCGUGAAUUGAGUGAACUUCGUAAACCUAAGUUGGACGUCUUAUCCACUCACCUCAAGGAUCACGACCACGUUGCAAUUCCUGUUAGUGAAUUCGAUGAACUUCGUAAACCUAGGUUGGACGCCUUGACUGAACACUUGAAGGGCCACGACCACGUUGCAGUUCCUGUUGGUGAAUUAGAUGAACUUCGUAAACCUAAGUUAGAUGUUUUGUCUACUCAUCUCAAGGAUCACGACCAUAUUGCAGUUCCUGUUAGUGAAUUCGAUGAACUUCGUAAACCUAAGUUAGAUGUUUUGUCUACUCAUCUCAGGGAUCACGACCAUAUUGCAAUUCCUGUUAGUGAAUUCGAUGAACUUCGUAAACCUAAGUUGGACGUCUUAUCCACUCACUUGAAGGAUCACGACCAUAUUGCAAUUCCUGUUAGUGAAUUCGAUGAACUUCGUAAACCUAAGUUGGACGUCUUAUCCACUCACUUGAAGGACCACGACCAUAUUGCAGUUCCUGUUAGUGAAUUCGAUGAACUUCGUAAACCUAAGUUGGACGUCUUAUCCACUCACUUGAAGGACCACGACCAUAUUGCAGUUCCUGUUAGUGAAUUCGAUGAACUUCGUAAACCUAAGUUGGACGUCUUAUCCACUCACUUGAAGGACCACGACCAUAUUGCAGUUCCUGUUAGUGAAUUCGAUGAACUUCGUAAACCUAAGUUAGAUGUUUUGUCUACUCAUCUCAGGGAUCACGACCAUAUUGCAAUUCCUGUUAGUGAAUUCGAUGAACUUCGUAAACCUAAGUUGGACGUCUUAUCCACUCACUUGAAGGAUCACGACCACGUUGCAAUUCCUGUUAGUGAAUUGAAUGAACUUCGUAAACCUCUACAUGAGAAGGCUGAAGGUUUCAAUUUGAAGGUGAUUCCAAUUCCAGAGUAUCAACAACUACAUGCUUCUGCUUCUGAAUCGCUUGAGUCAAAAGCAAAGUCGCAUAAUAAGGUUGUUUUACCAGCAUCUGAAUUCCAAACUUUGUACGAUAAGGCGAAUACGCCAGAUCUCGAUCAUGUCAUUUCUACGGCAGAUCUUCAUGAUCAUUCUGUGAUUGACUCGAAUGUUCUUCAUGAACUCAAGUAUAAGGCUUCGCAAACUUUACAUGAAAGAGCUGCAAUGGAGGCAUCUGUAGUUGUCCCAGAGACUGAGAUUACAUCACUAAGAUUAGCUGCUAGUGAAUCGUUGGAGGAUAAGGCCCAUAAGUUGAACAAGAAGGUAGUAGAUAAUGAAGAAUACGUUGAACUCGUUGAUAAGAUCGGCAAACUCCAAGCACAAGCUGAUGAACCAUUGGAAAAGAAGGCUGAAGGCCAAGACUUGAAAUUACUUCCUUUGGCUACUUUUGCGGCAUUGUCUUCUCCAACACUUCAUAUGUUGAAGGAGUCUGCUACUUCCCAUGGGCAUACUCUUGUAGAAAGUUCAGAGUUCGCGAAGAAGAAUGAUGAACUUAAGGAAAUCAAAUCCCACAUAGAAGGGAAGAAGAUCCUUUCUAUGAGCGAAUACAAUGCCCUUAUCGCUCCUUCUUUGGAAGAAUUGGAGCAAAUUAUUAGUAAACAUCCGGAGAAGGUUCUAGUUGAACGUCUGGAGUGGACUAAGUCUUUAACAGAACGUGCUAGAGAAGCUAAUAUGAAUUUAAUAUCUGACUCUCAACUUGAUUUAUAUGAAAACCCCACUAAAGAACUAUUGGUUAACAAGGCUAAUUCUGUGGGAUGUAUUUUAACUCAAAAAGACGAAUUUACAAAGCUAAAGAAUUUGGCAACAGUUGCGGAAAAUAAGGUAGUUUUGGAAGAAGAUGAAUACGAGGAAUUAAAGAAAUUAAAGGAAGUAUCGGAAGGUAAAGAAAUGGUAGCUACUGAAGAAUACUUGAAACUUAAACUGUUGGAAGCUCAAGCUUCAACAUGUAAGAUGAUUGAUAUAGAAGAAUUCAAUUCGUUGAAACAAUUGGAAUCUGAAGUACAUUCAAAGAAGUUGAUUGAGAUAGUUGAAUAUGAAAGGUUGAAGGACUUGGAAAGUAAAGCUACUGUCAGUAAGUUGUUAAGUAUCGAAGAGUACGAUAAUUUGUUGGUUGAUGCCAAAAAGCCAUCUCUUGAGACUAUUCGUAACCAUGCCACUGCCAAUGGUUUCAAGGUUGUCUCAGAAGACGAAUAUACCUCGAUGAAGACAGUUGCUGAACAGCCUAUUGCUGAACGUGCCAUAGCUUCUGGUUUGGUUGUUCUCACGAAGGAAGUUCAUGACAAACUAUUGGAAAAGCCUAGUAUUGAAUUCUUGACAGCUAACGCUCAAGAGAAGGGACUCCAGGUUGUUACAAUGGAAGAAGCUAAUAAAUCUAUACAUGAAAGAGCACAAGAAGAGGGGAUGGUUGCUAUGCCGACUAGUGAGUAUAAUAAGUAUCUGACAUUAAAGAAUAUGGAAGUAAUUGAUGAUUCAAAGGAAUCCAUCACAUCAAUGAAGAAUAAAUUGAAGGAACAUGGAUUCGAGGUGCUCGAUAAGGAAGCCUACGAAGAAAUGCUGAAGAAGGAUGAAUUUGCAGACGCUGAAGCUUCCUUUAUUUUGGAUAAGGGUGAACUUAUUAAUAGUGCCUCUAGAUUGGGUUUGGUGGUUCUCACUCCUGAAGAGCAUACGUCUGAGACAGCUUUACGUGAGCGUUCAAGUGCUAUGUCUUUGACGGUAUUACCGGAAGCUGAAUUCAUCACCAUGAAGCAGCUGCUCGCACAAAAGGAGUCUGAAUUAUUUGAAUUGAGAGUUCCAAGGGAGGAAAUCACAAGAGAAACAAUCAUGGAAAGACUGGCUGAUUUUGAUAUUAUUCCAUUGGAUAAACAAGAAUAUGUUGAAUUGAAGGAAAAGGCGGAAAUUGGAACCGCUCCAACUGUUCUUGGAAGAGAAGAUAUUGUACUGAGAGGCUCUGAAUUGGGUCUUUCUGUUGUUCCUGAAAACGAGUACAUUGAUUUGAGGACGCUGGUGAAGGCAUUGGAUGACAAGGAUAAGUUAAGUGCUAUUGCAUCAAAAUUAGGACUUUUAUGUGUCCCUGCUAGUGCAUUUGUUGCUACUAAUGUUGCUCGUGUUGCAGAACCAGAGAAGGUUACUGUACUUCCAAAUUCCUAUUAUGCAAAGCUUUUAAAGAGUGAGAAUUUAAAUGUUGAAAAAUUAAGUGAUGAUUCAUUCAAGACUUAUGCCGAAAAGCGAGGAUUCAAGCAUGAAUCGGAUAUCCCAUUACCUGUGGUAUCUGAAUACAGUAUGACUCCUCCGGCUGGACCUAGUCCAGAUCUUGUUCAACAAGCGAAGUUUACACCACCUCCACGUGUAACUGUAGGAACUUCUGCUGCCAGUAGAUUGAGAACUCCACAAUCCAGUACUUCUGGAGAAGAUGGAUUCAGUAGGAAUGUUGUUCUGGUAUCCAGACUUCCUCAAUCUGAUUCUGUCGCCUCUAAGCUUUCUCUGCAUUCGAUUGGUACACAAAGUAUUGUCGAGUCUUUCAGAACAUCUGCAGGCUUGUCAAUGGCCACUAAUGUGUCUUUAACAGACAAGUCGAUGAUUCCAGCUAUCACGCAAGUGGUUAUUGGUGAGUACUUGUUCAAGUACUACCGUAGAUUGGGUCCAUUGAGUUCCAUCUCCGAAACUCGUCAUGAGAGAUAUUUCUGGGUCCAUCCUUACUCUAUGACUCUUUAUUGGUCGACUACAAACCCUGUGCUUGGUAACCCUGAAGAUGUGAAAACUAGAGGUGCUGCUAUCAUGGGUGUGGAAAGUGUUGAUGAUAAUAACCCAUUACCUCCGGGUAUCUAUCAUAAGAGUAUUAUUGUUCAUUCUCAGAACAAGUCGGUAAAGAUAACCUGUGCUACACGUCAAAGGCAUAACAUCUGGUUCAAUGCGUUGAGAUACAUGCUUAACCGUAACCUUGAUGAAUUGUCAUUUGAGACAGAGAAUGAAGGAGAUGAAACUAUUGACGAAGAAGAGCUUGAAAGAAAAAGAAUUGAAAGCAUGUAUGACACUGGUGAGAGACAAGCAUUUCCUAGGGUAAACUCUCAGAUAUUGAAGAGCCCUUCCAGCGGAAAAUUAAGCCGAUUCGGCACUAUGAAAAAGUAA